AUGGACAUACGUUCCGGUACAUGCGAAGAAGAAAUGCAGAGUGAGAGAGGAAUAAGAAGCAUUGAAAACAAUACUCUGUUUCCGUUUGAGAAUGAGGAUUUGUUGAUUCAAAUCCUGCUGAGGUUGCCCGUUAAGUCUCUGCUACGUUUUAAGUCUGUUUCUAAGUCAUGGUUUUCUCUCAUCUCUGAUCCUCACUUUGCAACUAUGCAUUUUGAAUUAUCUGCUUCAUGCACCCAAAGACUUGUGCUCCUACCGUCUUCUUUUGCUUCUGAAAGUCUAUCCAUGAUCGACUUAGAUGCAUCGCUUCUCGACUUUUCUUCUUCUGCUUCAGUAAGCCUUAGUUUUUUGCCUCUCCAACCUUCUUGUUUUUUUCCUAUUCGAAUUAUGGGUUCCUGCAGAGGGUUUCUACUUUUGGUUUGUGAUCAAUUUUUCUAUCUAUGGAACCCAUCCACCGGUGUCAACAAAAGAAUAUGUUUUCCUCCUUUUACACCCACUCUGAAUUAUUCUGUCUGUGUCAAAUGUUUCUUUGGUUUUGGGUAUGAUCCAUCAACUGACGACUACUUGGUGGUUCUUGCUUCUUUUGACCCAGUUAACGUGGCAACCCACUUUGAGUUUUUCUCAUUGAGAGCUUAUACCUGGACACAAAUUGAGGCUACUAUGCCUUAUAUGAACCCCUCUAUUAAUAAACCUGGGUUAAGCUCACUCUUGAAUGGUGCUAUUCAUUGGUUGUCUUCUCGUUAUGAUGCAGCAGUGAUUGCUAUUCUUGCCUUUGAUUUGAUGGAGAGGAGUGUUUAUGAGAUACCUCUACCAAACGAUAUUGACAUCUGCUUUGCAUCUUGUGAUUUGCUGGUACUUGGAGGAUUUCUCAGUUUGUGUGUUAAGGGGAAUCGUACAACUGAUAUAUGGGUGAUGCAAGAAUACAAAGUGAAGUCAUCUUGGACCAAGUCUAUUGUUGUGCCUAUUGGAACUCCUAAUCAAUACUUUUCUCCAAUAUGCUCUACAAAAAGUGGUGAUAUUGUUGGAACAGAUGCUGGUCUUAGUGGUGGUAUUAGAUUAGUGAAAUAUAAUGACAAGGGAAAGCUUCGACAGCAUCGCUUGUAUUCUGCUAAUCCACGAGGAUACGAUGCAGCUAUGUAUACAGAGUCUCUGCUUUCACUCCCUGGAGACAAUGACCAAGCUGAAGAAAAGAUGAAUGACAAUAACAAACAAGACGAAUUUGGUUAUGAAAUUUCUCCUAUAACUUUGCAAUUUUAUUGA